AUGGCGGGCAGCGGGCACACGUGGCCCAACAGCCAGGACGACUACGAGCUGCUGGAGGUGAUCGGCUGCGGCGCCACGGCCGUGGUGCACGCCGCCUACUGCCGCCCGCGCGGGGACAAGUGCGCCAUCAAGCGCAUCAACCUCGAGAAGUGGAACACCUCCAUGGACGAGCUGCUCAAGGAGAUCCAGGCCAUGUCCAGCUGCAACCACGAGAACGUGGUCACCUACUACACCAGCUUCGUGGUGAAGGAGGAGCUGUGGCUCGUGCUGCGCCUGCUGGAGGGAGGCAGUCUGCUGGACAUCAUCAAGCACAAGAUGCGCGUGUCCAACUGCAAGCACGGCGUGUUCGACGAGGCCACCAUCGCCACCGUGCUCAAGGAGGUGCUGAAGGGGCUCGAGUACUUCCACCAGAACGGGCAGAUCCACCGCGACGUGAAGGCCGGCAACAUCCUGCUCGGCGACGACGGCACGGUGCAGAUCGCGGACUUCGGCGUGUCCGCGUGGCUCGCCACCGGCCGCGACAUCAGCCGCCAGAAGGUGCGCCACACCUUCGUGGGCACGCCCUGCUGGAUGGCGCCCGAGGUCAUGGAGCAGAACCACGGCUACGACUUCAAGGCGGACAUCUGGUCAUUCGGCAUCACCGCCAUCGAGAUGGCCACCGGCACCGCGCCCUACCACAAGUACCCGCCCAUGAAGGUGCUCAUGCUGACGCUGCAGAACGACCCGCCGACGCUCGACACGGGCGCCGAGGACAAGGAGCAGUACCGCGCGUACGGCAAGACGUUCCGCAAGAUGAUCUCCGAGUGCCUGCACAAGGACCCGGCCAAGCGGCCCAGCGCCACGGAGCUGCUCAAGCACUCGUUCUUCAAGAAGGCCAAGGACCGCAAGUACCUGAUGCAGACGCUGGUGUCCAUCGGGCCUAGCAUGGAGACGCGCGUGCACAAGGCGAGCCGCCGACAGCCGGGCGCGUCGGGCCGCCUGCACCGCAUGGAGACCGGCGAGUGGGUGUGGGAGAGCUCGGACGAGGACGAGGCGGAGGACGCGGCGCCCGCGGGCCGGCCCAUGAACACGCUGCUGCGCGCCGACUCCAGCGACGACGACAGCGACGACAAGCCCGAGUUCACCAUCGGCUCGCCCGGCGCCGCCGACGCGCCCGUCAUCAACCUCGUGCUGCGCAUGCGCAACGACCGCAACGAGCUCAACGACAUCCGGUUCGAGUUCGCCGCCGGCAAGGACUCGUCGGACGGCAUCGCGACCGAGCUGGUGGGCGCGGGGCUGGUGGACGCGCGCGACGCGCAGCCCAUCGCGGCGCACCUCGCGCGCCUCGUGGACGGCUACCUGUUCCCCCCCGCCGCCGCCGCCCCCGCCCCCGCCCCCGCGCCGCUCACCUCCGUCACCUUCAAGCUCAACUCGGCGGACCCGGCGCUGCCCGCGGACGAGAAGGGGCUGCUGGGCCACGCGCAGAUCUCCAUCGUGGACUAGCCGCCCCCCCCCGCGCCCCGCGCCGCCACCCGCACUGCCCCGCUUUAAGCUUCAAGACGGACAAUAAUAUUCCCGGACCCGCGUCCGCUUAGUGUUAGUCUCUAGUGUGUAAUUAGUUUUGUAAGCGCUACCUACUACUACAUAUUUAAAGUUAAUGUUAGCAUAUGGGUGGAUAUGGAUUUAUAUAUAGUUGUGUAUUUUAUGUUUUACAGCUCAAAUAGAUGCAUAGCGAAUCUGAAAUUAUGAUUUCAUUAUAUCAUUAUUAGUUAUGAUUAUUUUAAAAUAUUUAUGUUUUUAAAUUAAUGGAACGCUUCAGUAAAGAUUAUCGCUUCAGAAGGCUUUGUGAAGUUAGUGCGUCUUAGUGUAUCACACCAAAAUUAAAAUAGGUAUUUUUGUAUUCAACCUAAGUAUAAGUGCCAUAUUUUUUAUCGACUAAUGGUUUCAAACUGAAAACUUAACUAGGCACCCAUAACGAUUGAGAAUUAGUUAAUUUUAAUCAAUUAUUGUAUUUGAACCACUUGUGAGCGAUAAUUUAAAAUGUUCUUUAUACUAUUUGUUAUAUUAUUUGUUUGUUGCUUGUUUUAAAAAUAUUUUUUGAAAAUAAAAUCUGAAACAAUA